AUGCAUGAGCACGACCCGGCACAUCCGUGCGCUCCGCGAAUAUGUUCUCGGUUCCCCUCCUCCAUAAACCAACCAUGCGCCCGCGGCUAAUCAACUCGUCACUCCAAACUCCCACUUCGCUCGGAGCUCCUCGUCAGGCCGCGCGCGCACCAAGCCAUGGCCGCUCGUGCCGCCGCCGCCGCCUGCGACGCCGUGCGCGGGGCUCUCUGCGGCGCCGCGUCGCGGCUGCGGAGCUGCUACAGUUCCAUCUCCGCCUCCUCCUCCCCUGUGGCGCUCGCGGCCGGCCUCGCCGCGCUCCUGUGCUGCGGCGCCGCGGGGGCGGCGUUCCCGCGCGCCGCGGCCUCGCUCCUGCCGCUGGCGGCGUCGACCGCCCUCUGCUGCGCGGCAGCGGGGCUCUUCGCGGCCGAGGAGCGGGGCGCCGCGGACGCCGCCGUGGAGGCCGUGGUGCUUGCGGGCGGCCGCCGCCGCCAGGGGAAGCCCGAGGCCGGGCUGGUCCAGGUGAUCGGCGAGGCCAACGCGAGCGCGUACGCAGACAACGGCGGUGGCGUCCAGGUGGGGUGCUUCCUGCGCAGGUCGGCGUGGCACGGCGUGGAUGAGGACGGCGAGGAGGUCGUCUUCGCCGGCACGCUCGCGCCCUGCCUGGCCGGAGGCGCGCCGCGGCCCGGGCACGGCGCGCUCGAGGAGGAGGUCGCGGCGAUGCGGGUGGACAGGCUCGCCGAGGGCGUGUGGGACAGCUACUUCGGCGGGUGGUCCAGGUGGCACGACGUCGACGCCGCGGCCUAGGUGAUGCCGCUGCAGCGGGUCAAUUGGGUUCUUUCCUGUGGAAUUCCUUUGGAUAAAACCGAAGCUAUUUCUGUGGAACUCCUGCGUUCUAGACUUCCAGCCUCUGAGUUUAGAGUUUCGCUGCCGCUGGCUGCUAAAGUGUGCGUUUGGUUCAGCUGUGAGCUGUGAAAAAGCUGUUGUCACAUAUCUACUGGCAGAUGACUGCUGUGAAAAAGCUGAAAGUCGUUUGAUUCAAA